GACAAAUUACCAAAAAAAAAACAAAAAUGAUGUAAAAAUGUAAACACAAAAUACAUCCCCUAAAUAAUUUACAACUAGCUGAAUAUAAAGUUUAAUUAAGAUUUGCUUGAAAAUGCCUAGAACUACAAAAUUACAUAAUAAAAGGAAACCCACUUCAAUACAAAAAUCCCACAAAGUAGAAGAUGACGGAGACACAGAUCCUGAAGAAUCUAUCAGAAAGUUCCAAUUGGAACUUUGUUGGUGUAUUCAGCAAUUAGAACGUUCUAUAAAUGACACAAAAGGCAACGAAAAACAACUCCAAGAAGCAUGGAAGGUAUUGACAGUCUUAAAAAGUAACAACCAGCCUGUUAUCAGAAAAAGACAGUUAAUGAGGACUCACUUUGGAGACUACAGGGCUAAAAUGGCAGCUGAAGAAAAAAAAUUAGCUAAAAUGACAAGGAAAAUCAAGAUUGCAGAAGUUCCCGACAAGCCAAAGGCAACAUUUCUUAGGAAAUCUGCUUUUUUGUCUACAGGAGAUAAUGCAUUCCGCUUUAAUUUUAAUUUAGCCCCUGAAGAAGUGGACAACAAUCAGUUUCAUACAGAUUCAAAUAUUCCCAAUGAAGAAAAUAAGCUUUCAAAAUUAAAUGACGAAUGUUGUACAAAAAAAGAGGACAACACUAAACAUUUUAAGUUUUCAUUUUCAGAGUCUGCAUUUAAAUUUAACUUUAAUGUUGAUAGGUCCGAUUCAUAACAUUUUUUGAUUUUUUAUAUUUGUAAAUAAAGUGACUUAAUUACAUAUAACUAACUU